UUUUUGACAAGCUUCAGAGGAUUUAAUGCUGUGCAAACUCUGCAUGCUGGUGGCUCGUAACCUACAGUGGCGAUGAGUUCUCACGCUGAAACUGGGCUUUGCUUUGCAGCAAGUUCUUCGGUGGAGAGAUAACUUUCAACAGACCUGAAGCACUUUUGUGCAUUGUCCAGGGGAUCCAAUUACAACUUGCUAUGGAGCAUGAUUUUUAAGAUGAAUACCUACCUUGAUGAUAACUAUAAUUCAUCAUUACCUGGCUAUUUGGACUACUCUGUACUAAGUAAUGGGAGUCUCACUGAAAACAACUCUAAUCAGUCAGCAAGCAAUCUGAAUUUACCUGCCUUGGAUAUCACUAGGGCUAUAAUUGUGGGGCUUGUCCUAGGUGCCUUCAUACUUUUUACUAUAGUAGGUAACAUCUUGGUAAUUCUCUCUGUAGCUUGCAAUAGGCAUUUAAGAAUCCCUACGAACUACUUCAUAAUUAACCUCGCAAUAGCAGACUUGUUGCUGAGUUUUACUGUCCUUCCGUUUUCUGCUACACUAGAAAUUCUUGGCUAUUGGGCUUUAGGGAGGAUAUUCUGUGAUAUUUGGGCAGCGGUUGAUGUGAUGUGCUGUACUGCUUCUAUCUUAAGCCUGUGUGCAAUUUCUAUAGAUAGAUAUAUAGGGGUGAGUUAUUCACUUCAGUAUCCGACUUUGGUAACUAGAAGGAAAGCAAUUCUUGCCCUCCUAAGUGUCUGGGUCCUCUCCACAGUAAUCUCCAUUGGACCUCUUCUGGGGUGGAAGGAACCAGCACCCAAGGACGAUAAAGAGUGCCGCAUCACUGAAGAACCUUUCUAUGCCUUGUUUUCUUCUUUGGGGUCAUUUUACAUUCCUUUGAUUGUCAUACUGGUGAUGUACUGUAGAGUCUACAUAGUGGCCAAAAGAACAACUAAAAACCUGGAAGCUGGGGUCAUGAAAGAAAUGUGCGAUUCCAAGGAGCUGACCUUAAGGAUUCACUCCCGGAACAUUCACGAGGACACUUUCAACAGCAGCAAGAGCAAGGGGCACCACCCCAGAAACUCCAUAGCUUUCAAACUUUUUAAAUUCUCUCGAGAAAAGAAGGCAGCCAAGACCUUGGGAAUUGUAGUUGGCAUGUUUAUUUUGUGCUGGCUACCUUUCUUCAUAGCUCUGCCUCUAGGGUCUAUGUUUCCUGCUUUGAAGCCACCUGAAGCCAUCUUCAAGAUAAUUUUUUGGCUUGGCUACUUCAACAGCUGCUUGAACCCAAUCAUCUACCCCUGCUCAAGCAAAGAGUUCAAGAGGGCUUUUAUACGGAUCCUGAAGUGCCAGUGCCACCGGCGGAGGCGGCUGGGGUGGUGGGCCUACAACUACAGGAACUGGAACCAAGGCUCCUUCGAACGCUCCCGCAAAGACUCAUUAGAAGACAGCAGAAGCUUCCUAAGUGGCAGUCAGAGGACAUUAUCCUCAGCCACCCCGAGCCCCAGCUACCUGAGCAAAGUCACUCACCCUCACAUGGAAAUGUACACAUUCCAGGAGUGGAAGAGCUCCAGCUCCUUCCUGAGCCCCCUACAGGAAGGCAGCAGGCGAAAGGACUCAUGCCACCUCUUCACCUUCAAGCUCCCAACAGAGCACAAUGGACAUAUCGCUGCUGGCAGCCAAGCCUCAAGCAAUGGGGGCUGCAAGACCAUCUGUGACACACUGAACAGCACAGCUGAUUGCAGAAUGGCUGUUGAAAUGAGCGAAUUCUAAACGCUGUUCCCUGGAUGCAGGAGGACCUGGACUCUGGGCUCAUCUGAAUACAUUAAGUUGGUUGGUGUUUAACCCAGGUGAAGACAUGAACCUGCACCCAAUCUAGUCAUGCUUGACAUGGUGCCGGGAGGGAGUUCAUCCAGGAUGGCAGUAGCAGGCAGUCCAAUGUCAGAAUAUUGGCAUAGUCCCACUACCGCAAGGAGAUCAGUGUUCCAAGUUGAUUGCCAGAGAUGCUGCUGAAAUUUGUGCACAAUGCAGGGAAGGCCCCUAUAAAGACAGUGAUGUGCACUCAGCCAAAUAUUCAGCUCUGAUGGAAAGGCUGUGGAGCAGCCAAACACACAUAGCUAUAGAAAGUAUAUAUAAGGAGAGAGAG